AUGUCUGGGGGAGAAGGAAACAAGGGAAGGAGAAUCGCCGUUAUUGGCGUCUCUAGCUUGUUACUUGUGGCUAUGGUGGUAGCCGUGGCAGUUCAAAAUGGUUCGAACGAUGACAGCAAGAAGAGCAGCCACGUGGCUUCCAAUAUGAAAGCAGUCAAAACCCUUUGCCAUCCCGCUGAAUACAAGGAAGAAUGCGAGGAAACUCUUAUUGAAUAUUCUGCUGGCAACACCACUGACCCAAAAGAACUCAUUAAAAUUGCCUUCAACGUAACCAUUUCCAAAAUUGGUGAUAAACUCAAGGAAACAGAUCUCUUGCAUGAAGUUGAGAAGGAUCCAAGAACCAAGUUGGCACUUGACACAUGCAAGCAACUCAUGGAUCUUUCAAUUGGGGAGUUAACGAGGUCACUUGAAGGAUUAGGCGAAUUUGAUCUCAUUAAAAUGGACAAAAUUCUAACCAAUUUAAAGGUUUGGUUAAGUGGUGCAAUUACAUACCAAGAUACUUGCUUGGAUGGGUUCGAGAACACUACUAGCGAAGCUGGUUCAAAGAUGAAGGAACUUCUAACCACAAGCAUGCACAUGAGCAGCAAUGCCCUUUCCAUCAUCACCGAAUUUGCCGAUACUUUCUCCAAUUUGAAUGUCACCAAAUUAUUUGGUCGUCGCCAGCUCCUUCAGGAUUCUGAGGUUCCCUCUUGGGUUGAUCAUCGUAGAUUCCUUCAUGCCGUUUCAUUCAAACACAAGCCUAAUGUCACCGUAGCCCUUGAUGGAAGUGGGGAUUUCAAGAGCAUCAACGAGUCAUUGCAAAAGGUCCCCGAAAAUAACCGACAGCCAUUCGUGAUCUACAUCAAGGAGGGUGUUUAUCAUGAGUACGUUGAAGUUACCAAGAAAAUGGAACAUGUUGUGUUUAUCGGUGAUGGUGGCAAAAAGACACGAAUCACUGGCAACAAAAACUUCAUCGAUGGCAUUAACACCUAUAGAACCGCCACUGUUGCUAUCCAAGGAGAUUACUUUGUGGCCAUCAAUAUGGGGUUUGAGAACAGCGCUGGUCCAGAAAAGCAUCAAGCAGUGGCAUUGAGGGUUCAAGGAGACAAGUCUAUCUUCUACAAUUGCUCAAUGGAUGGGUACCAAGACACACUUUAUGUACACACCAUGCGUCAGUUCUACAGGGAUUGCACCAUUUCAGGAACAAUAGACUUCGUGUUUGGAAAUGCUCUAUCAGUAUUCCAAAACUGCACAUUCGUGGUAAGAAAGCCAAUGAAGAACCAACAAUGCAUAGUGACUGCACAAGGGAGGAAGGAACUGCAACAACCAUCAGGAAUAGUGAUCCAAGGUGGUUCCAUUGUGUCAGACCCUGUGUUCUACCCAGUGAGGUUCGACCACAAGUCAUUCCUAGCACGUCCAUGGAAGAAUUUCUCAAGGACAGUGAUAAUGGACACUUUCAUUGAUGAUUUGAUUCAUUCUGAUGGGUAUUUGCCAUGGCAAACAGAAGAGGGUGCUUCAGGAAUGGACACUUGCUUUUAUGCCGAAUACCACAACACUGGCCCUGGUUCUGACAAAUCAAAGCGUGUACAUUGGGCUGGAAUCUGGAACCUUAAUUCUAAAGCUGCUCAUUGGUUCUCACCAGCUAAGUUCUUUCAUGGACAUGAUUGGAUUGAGGUUACUGGAAUCCCUUUCUUCGCUGGCAUCCCAGAGCACCACAGACACAAGAAGACAUUGCUUAAUUGGUAA